GAAUUACACGUUUGUUACGCAUUGCUUGUGAAUUUUAAUAUACAUAUAAUAUUGUUUUAACUGACGUUUGUAGUUAACAAAUUAAGAUAUAAAUGUGUGCUAGAAUUGAAAGAUAAGAAGAUAACAUAAGUAUUAUACGUCGAGUAUCCUUAUCAAUUUAAUAUGAAUGAAGACUUUGUUACUUACGCAUUGAUAUAAAACAAGGAUAAAUUUUACUAGGAGGAAUUACAGAAAAUAUUGUUUAGACAAGACCCUUCAUAACCUAGAAGUGCUGUCAGAAAAAUAAAGUUUUUCUGAAUCAUGGCCCACUCCUCCGGGUCUGGAAAUCUCAAAAAUGGUCUUAUUGAUUUCACUGCUGGAUCUUUGGGAGGGGUUGCUGUAGUAUAUGUGGGGCAGCCUCUCGACACAGUGAAAGUAAAGAUGCAGACAUUCCCACAGCUAUACAAGGGCAUGUACAACUGUCUGAAAAUAACCCUGAAGAAUGACGGGAUUGUUCGAGGCCUCUAUGCUGGAACGACACCAGCAAUAAUGGCAAAUGUUGCAGAGAACUCUGUUCUUUUUGCUGCUUAUGGCUACUGUCAGAAAUUUGUGUGCCGACUUACUGGUACUGAGAGUGUAGAGCAGCUGUCAGCGUUUGGAAAUGCUUCAGCAGGGUUCUUAGCAGCAUUUUUUUCGUCAUUCACACUGUGUCCAACGGAGCUCAUCAAAUGCCAGCUGCAAGCAAUGCGGGAAGUCAGUGUGCAGGGCGCCCAAACAGCUGUUAAGAUCACACCAAUACAACUUACGCAGCAAAUAUUUCGUCAAUACGGCAUUCAAGGGCUCUUCCGGGGUUUGGUGCCAACCAUUAUGAGGGAGAUGCCCGGGUACUUCUUUUUCUUUGGAGGAUAUGAAGGUACGAGAGAACUCCUGACGAAGCCCGGCCAGUCCAAGGACGAGAUCGGGCCGCUGCGCACGAUGGUCGCGGGCGCGGUGGGCGGGCUGGUGCUGUGGACCGUCAUCUUCCCCUCUGACGUCAUCAAGUCUCGCGUGCAGAUCUCCAACAAGAGCCAGCGGUUCCUCACCGUGGGACUCGAGAUUGUCAAGCAAGAAGGCGUCCUUGCGCUGUACAACGGGCUGAAGCCGACCCUGGUCCGCACCAUCCCCGCCACCGCGGUCCUCUUCGUAGUCUACGAGUACUCCAAGAAGCUGAUGCACCAGUCCUUCGGUGACUAAACAGAAACGGCAGUGAAUGUGUUGUGUGGAGGACUUUGAUACUUUAACUAUUACGCAUGACCAAAAACUGUUGGAGAGCAUUAUGGGUAAAAUUUAACGAUUAAGACAAAUAUUGUUAAUAUAAAUACUGUUAAU